GACGCAGUCAUCCCUUUGACAUGGUCACUGAGGAAGCUUAAAUUAUGCAAAACUACUGCUCUUGUGAUGUUGUUUUUCUCUGCCUAGUAUUGAAAGUGGUCUUAUUUUAGUAUAUGAGAAAACUGAUGCUCUUAAUUAUGUAUGUAGAUGUUACAAUAGAAAUGGUAUUAUCUUUGUAUUCACUCCUGAGCUUCCUAGGCUCCUAGCUAUUGGUUCUGUGAUUUGUGUCUGAAACCCAUAAAACCCCAGACCCAUGUUGGAGCUGAACCUUAGUUUUUUGCUUGUGGAAAAUAAUAUCCUCGGCUGAAUCGACUUCAAAUCAGGAAGAGUGAAACUUAAAAUCCUUUGGUGUGGUGCUGCGAUCAAGACCUAGUUUUUGGUUGUGUCAUCUAGUUUUUGCCCUGCAAUGGAAAAUAAUAUCCUUGGCUGAAUCGACUUGAAAUCAGGAAGAGUGAAACUAUAAUCCUUUGGCAUGCGGAUGCGAUCCAGACCCAGUUUUUGUUGUGUCAUCUAUUUUUUGCUCUGCUACCUGAUUGGCUGGUUUAGCGAGCAUCUUGGCGACUGAAUUUAUGUUUUUUUCCUUCAAUAUAUUGCAAGUUCCAUAUAGACCUACUCGUACAUAGUUCAACCGAACGCUCUUAAUGAUCCGGGUCAUGAUUUAAUUGCUCAAUAGAGAUGGUAUUAUUAUUGCUUUAUUUAUAAUUAUUAUUGUUGUAUUAAUUUUGUUUUCAUUGGGUAUAAUAGUGAUGGAUUCUAGGAGAAAUAAAAUUAUUAAGAUUAUCUCGCAAGAACAAGAAGAAGACGAUGAACUAUUUUUCCUUUUGGUUCCCGCUUUAUAUGCUUCCCUUUAUGAGGAAAAGCAUCCAGUUCACACAUCAUCUUUAUCCGGGGCUGCAAAGGUUAAGGAAAUAUUAGAAGGCCACGAGAGUUGGUCUAGGGUUGAGUUUCGGAUGGAACCUGAGAUUUUUAAGUCUAUCGUGGAUUACCUUAGAAGAGAGAAUCUAUUGAAGGGCAUGUCGCGUGUUGCUGUCGAGGAGCAGUUGGCAAUGUUCAUGUACAUGAUUUCGCACAAUGCUAGUAAUCAAGAUCUACAAAAAUACUUCCAACACAGCGCAGAAACAAUUCAUAGGAAGAUAAACAGGAUUUUUGACUUAAUUCCAACUCUAGCCCAAAUAUUUAUAAAGAUUCCAAGUUCACUCCAGCCCCAUCCGAAGAUUGUUUUGAACAAUCGCUGUUGGCCUUAUUUCCAGAACUGCAUUGGUGCUAUAGAUGGAACACAUAUCCCCAUCACUAUUGCUGAAGAUAAGGCCACCCCAUUUAGGAAUAGGAAAGGAACCCUCUCACACAAUGUCAUGGUUGCAUGUGAUUUUGAUCUGAAUUUCACAUUUAUUUCAUGUGGGUGGGAAGGAUCCGCAUCAGAUGCAGGAGUUCUUCGUUCUGCUAUUAGCAAGGGGUUUCAUGUGCCGGAAGGAAAAUUUUAUCUCGUAGAUGGUGGAUAUGCAAACACGCCUUCUUUUCUUGCACCAUAUCGAGGAGUUCGGUAUCACCUGAGUGAAUUUAGGAGGCGACGCUCAUCUAAUACGGGCUAUGCCGACCAUAGGGAGCUGUUCAACCAUACCCAUGCAAUUCUCCGGAACCACAUCGAAAGGAGCAUUGGUGUUCUAAAAAAACGGUUCCCUAUCUUGAAAGUGGGCAAUCACUACCCUAUAGAGUCACAAAUCAAGAUUCCGGCGGCAUGUGCUGUAUUCCAUGACAUCAUUAGAGCUCAAAGUGGUGAUGAGGCAUGGUUGGAUCACCAACCACCAUUAAUUCCACCAGAAACAUAUGUUGAUGUUCCAGAGGGAGAUGAUGUCAACCAACAUCAUCACAAUGAGGCAAAUAAUGGAUACACUCUUAGAGAUCAGAUCGCGAUGCAAAUGUGGGCUGAUUAUAACAACUAGUGGGACAUGAGUUUAUUUUGUAAAAAAAUUCUCACCUUUUCUUAGGUAAAGUAGUGGUAGAGAGAAAUUUAACUAGUACCCCAUUGUUGGUUCAAUAAUGUAGCUAUGGCAGCGCCUAGGGCAUCUUGGGACCAUGAGUAUGAGAAAGGUCUUGUUGAUAUAAUGCUUGACCACAACAAUCCCAUCUAUUGAGGUCAAAAUGGGUGGACUGCUGAAGGGUGGACUAAGAUUACAAAUACAUUCAAUCAGAAAUUUCCACUAGCUCAGUUCACCAAGCAACAAAUCCAAGAGAAGGAUAAGGAUUUAAAAGGAAAUUAUAAGGUAGUGAGAGACUCUCGAAAACAGAGUGGCACGGGAUGGGAUGAUACACUUUGCAUGAUCAUCGCUGAACCUGUAAUAUGGGAUAAACUUAUCAAGGACCAUGCAAGGAUAAAGAAGUUCCGUUCAAAACCAUUCAUGCUCUUCAAGUCAUUGGCUUCACUACAUGAAGGAAGUGUUGCUUCAGGAGACUUGAACUUUGUAUCAAUUCCGCAAGUGGAUCUCACAAGCGAUGCCAUUUCUCCUAUGGAUUCCUCUACCAAUGAUUUGAACCAUAUCUCCUCUACCAAUGUUGAUGAUGGUAUGUCCUCAUCUGAUAUACAAGGGCAAGGGGCAUCAAGAAGAGAUGAACCUGAAGCUACAACAUCUACCAACUCUGAACAAAAAGGGAGCACUGCCUGUGAAAAAGAGGAAGCAAAGCUAGAUCGCUGUUGUACUUGAGGACUACAUGGAUUUUCGUAAGAAACAAUCUGCAAAACUGGUUGACGAGUUGAAGGAAUCAAAGCAAGAUGACAUGUUCUCGAUUGGAAACUGUGUGGCUGCGCUAGAACCAAUGGAAGAUCUAUCAGUUGCAGAAAAAGCAAAGGCACUACGGCUUUUCAAAUGCCCAAUGAAUCGAGAAAUAUUCAUCAAUACCAAGGACUCAAAUCUUCGGCUUUAUUGGGUGAAGGAGGAGAUUUCUGAGAUGUAGAUAGCAUAAGCCAGCAUCAAGUUGUGGUACAUGAUGUCGAGGAAGGAGUGGAGAAAAGACUGGAGUAGGACGUGAUUGUUGCUUUGCGGCCCAUCUUGUUCGAAAGUAUCCCUGCGUUGGACAUGGCAACUUAUAAUCCAGAACUUUUUAUAGUGCACAAACUUGAUGAUGUAUCAAUAACUCUUGUAAUGAUUGCUUUUAUUUCCGCACACGAGAACGGCUUAGGCCAAUGCUCGAUCGUCGUGAAAUGCAGACUGAUUUCUUAAGCUUGAUGAAGUGAUGGAUAAGUUGUAGUAAUAUUUUUAAAAUUCUAGUUGACAUGAAUUAUGAACCUUUGUUA